AGGAGGGGGCUGGCGGCGGCGAGGGAGAGCGCCAUGAGGCAGGCCGGCCGGCGGCGAGCGGGAGCGGGGCGGAGGAGUGAGUAGUGGAGGCGCCGGGCUCGCGCCGCGCUCGCUUUCAGCACCGCGCGCCGAGAACAGUUCCCGGCCGCCCGCCGCGCCGCCCGCGCCGCCGCCGCCGCCGCCGCCCCCGACCUUACCUGCAACCUUCGGGCCGCCCAGCGCCCCCCGGCACGCCGCCGCCGCCCCGCUCCGGGGCGUGCAAGUCCUCCGCGGGGAAAGCAGCCGGCGGCCUCUGGGAGCCCUGAGGACGCCCCAGCAGAAUGUACCAGGGACACAUGCAGAAAAGUAAAGAAAAAGGAUAUGGAAAACUAAGCAGUGAUGAAGACCUCGAAAUAAUUGUUGAUCAGAAACAGGGAAAAGGCUCUAGGGCGGCAGAUAAGGCUGUUGCCAUGGUGAUGAAGGAGAUACCGAGGGCGGAGUCUGCCGAGGAAAAGCCCCUCCUUACUAUGACAUCACAGCUGGUGAAUGAGCAGCAGGAAAGCAGGCCCCUUCUGAGCCCCUCCAUCGACGACUUUCUCUGUGAAGCCAAGACUGAGGCAGCAGCACGGCCAGUAACGUCCAACACAGCCGUAUUGACCACAGGCUUAGAUCUCCUGGACCUGAGUGAACCUGUCUCUCAAACCCAAACCAAAGCCAAGAAGUUGGAGUCCUCAUCGAAAACCUCAUCCCUCAAGAAAAAGGCUGAUGGAUCCGACCUCAUCAGCGCAGAGGCUGAGCAGAGAGCCCAGCCUCUUCGAGGCCCGGACACAGCAUCACUGGAUUUAGACAUUCAAACCCAGCUGGAAAAAUGGGAUGAUGUUAAGUUCCAUGGAGAUCGAAAUAGCAAAGGGCAUCCAUUGGCAGAAAGAAAAUCAUGCUCAUCUCGAGCUGGAUCGAAAGAGCUCUUAUGGUCCUCUGAGCAUCGGUCUCAACCAGAACUAAGCAGUGGAAAAAGCGCCCUCAAUUCUGAGUCAGCCUCAGAGUUAGAACUAGUGCCCCCCACACAGGCUCGACUGACCAAAGAACAACGCUGGGGAAGUGCAUUGCUCUCCAGAAACCACUCCUUAGAAGAGGAGUUUGAAAGGGCCAAAGCAGCUGUGGAGUCAGAUACAGAGUUUUGGGAUAAGAUGCAAGCGGAAUGGGAAGAAAUGGCCCGGAGAAACUGGAUCUCUGAGAACCAAGAAGCCCAGACCCAGGUUACCAUCUCAGCCAGCGAGAAGGGCUACUACUUUCACACUGAAAACCCCUUCAAGGACUGGCCGGGGGCGUUUGAAGAAGGCUUGAAGCGGCUGAAGGAAGGGGACCUUCCAGUCACCAUCCUGUUCAUGGAAGCAGCGAUUCUGCAGGACCCUGGGGAUGCAGAGGCUUGGCAGUUCCUCGGGAUAACCCAGGCAGAGAAUGAAAAUGAACAGGCUGCCAUUGUCGCCCUCCAGAGAUGCCUAGAAUUACAGCCCAACAACUUGAAAGCAUUGAUGGCCUUGGCGGUGAGUUACACCAAUACCGGCCAUCAGCAGGAUGCCUGUGACGCGCUGAAGAACUGGAUUAAGCAAAAUCCAAAAUACAAAUAUCUUGUGAAGAGCAAGAAGGGAUCUCCAGGGCUUACCCGGCGGAUGUCUAAGUCUCCAGUUGAUAGCUCUGUUCUGGAAGGAGUGAAGGAAUUAUAUCUGGAAGCCGCCCACCAAAAUGGAGACAUGAUCGACCCAGACCUACAAACAGGGCUGGGGGUCCUGUUUCACCUGAGUGGAGAAUUUAAUAGAGCAAUAGACGCCUUUAACGCUGCCUUAACUGUUCGGCCAGAGGACUACUCCUUAUGGAACCGUCUGGGGGCCACCUUGGCGAACGGAGACCGCAGCGAGGAGGCGGUGGAGGCCUACACGCGCGCGCUGGAGAUCCAGCCCGGCUUCAUCCGCUCCAGAUACAACCUGGGGAUCAGCUGCAUCAACCUGGGCGCCUACAGAGAAGCUGUCAGCAAUUUUCUCACUGCCCUCAGUCUGCAAAGGAAGAGCAGGAAUCAACAGCAAGUUCCUCAUCCUGCAAUCUCUGGAAACAUCUGGGCUGCCCUCAGAAUUGCGCUUUCUCUGAUGGACCAACCGGAACUCUUCCAGGCGGCUAAUCUUGGUGACCUGGAUGUCCUCCUAAGAGCUUUCAAUUUGGAUCCUUGAAGGAAAAAGAAAAAGCUACUUCGCCCAUGUAAUUGUAUUGGAAAAACUGCAACGUUAUUUUAUUAUGAAUUUCCAAAAGUACCAAGGAAAUGUUCAAAAGGCCCUGGUUGAUCUGACCUGUCCAGUCUCUGUUCUAUUCCAAAAGCACAAAACAUUGUAUAUAGAGUCAAAGGGAGGCUUGAAAGAAGACUUUAGAGACUCAGGACAAGCCAAGAGAAAGUAACUGUGUCCUUUGGGGGUUUGCUCCCAUUUGCAGCUGAUGAUGCAUUGAAAGCAUUUGCUCUUGGGCCACCUGGAGAAUGCACUGCCUCAGAUCACAGGAUUCUGAUUUUCAGAACUGUCGACUGAAAUUUCCCCUUUUGUCAGGUUGAACAUAGUUUGGGCCAAGGCGCAUGCACAUAUAUUAACUCUUGACUAAAGAGAGGCAUUGCUUAAACCUGUUCCAAUUUUAACUUUUCCUGUAGCCCUUUGAUUCCAGAGAGGAAGCUUUGCUGGCAAAAGCAGUUUUUGCACUAGACAUUUUUGCUGUUCCCAAUCAGAAGUUUUCUGGGACUGUAUAUAUGCACUUUAAUAUCUUAUUUUAGCCUUGCUGGAGUUUUGUUUUGUUGCUCCACUUUUUAACUUGGGUGUGAAAGAUUUGAGAACCCGGCCUUGUUAGAUCAACGGACCAAAUAAAAAUGCCUGAAAAUAGUUUUUCAUAGCGUAGGGUUUUGGAGGAGUGUUUUUUUUAAUGCUGAUUAUAAUUUAGGGUGUAACUAUGUCAAACACGGAUAUUACACACUUUCUGAGAUUGUAUGAACACAAGCAAGAGAUAUGUUCUCUUCAUGCAGUCUCUGCAGGGAGAAAGUUUGAUGGUAUCAUGAUUCCAAGGAAGUUAGCAUUAACUUGCUUAAAGUAUGUUUGACUGGCUUUCUAACUGUCCUGCACAUUGGUAUUCCUUUUAAACUUAAUAUUUUAGAUAGUAUUUCUUAAGAAGGAUUUAAAGAAAAUCAUUUUUUUCCUAUAAAGUUAUGUGGGUUUUUUUAAAGCUCCCUGAUAAUUGUCACUGCUCACCCUUUUGAAUUCUAAGUGAUGGAAGAAUAUUUUCUAGCUGACUCUUACUGAAUGUCACUGGUUUAAUGUGAAAGGGGCAGGGCCCUUUGGCUCUCCUUUGCACAUUUACCAAGCAUUAGGACUCUUCACUGACAGUGCUUUAUCUCAUUAGUUAUAGUCCACUCAGUUCUCCAGAGUGUUUUGUGCCUGCCGGUGCUUGGUGAUUGUUUCAAAAGACAUCCUUUUAAAAGAAAUGGAAAUUUUGUUUGCAAAAUGCUAACCAAAAUAUAAUUUCACCAAUGUCUGGAUCUGUUGGUUUCCAUCAUUAUCUCCUUUGUUUUUCCAGAAUCUUCCCCGAGGCCAUGAGAUCUCAACUUUUUCUUCAUGUUCUUUUGUUGGAAAUAGCUGGUUAUGUGAGGAUGCUAGCUUCCAAACAAUACAGCAUUUGGCAGUUUAGUUGGCCCAGAAGCUAACAUCCAUGGAGGUAAUAGGGGUUGAACACUCAUAGUAAAACACAGAACCCUACCUAGUAGUAGGUAUAAAUCCUUUCCUUUAUUACCUUCAAGUCUCUGGAAUAGAAAGAGGCUUCGAGGGCCAAAAAGAUAGUUCAGUGGGCUGAGCACAUGCUCCACAUGUAGGAGACUCAGGUUGGAUCCUUAGCAUGACAUGGUCCCCCUAGAACUGCUGGGUAUAGCACCAAACCAAACAAUAAAAAAGGGGGCCUCAAGUAAACAUAAAAACAGAACUCUGGGGGUUAGGGAAAUUUUUAUUAACUGUUCUAGUUUAUAAAGAGAAAGAGUUGAGGGUGUAUGAUUGUGCCAGUCUCACCAGGAUAGGGUGAUGCUUCCUGCUGGACAUCAGAGAGCAGAGAUACUAAAGCUUUUCCACUCACCCUUGGGCACCAGUGAGAACCCACACUUGGAUUAGUCCCCUGAAGUUUCAGAGGCUAAGUUCAAAAUUGAUCUGUAUUUUCUUGAAUAAUAUUGUUUGCAAUUUUAGACUCCUAGGAAGGACUCUUCAUGGCAAGCCUCCAGUUUCUGGGCAGCUGCCACUGAGUACUCCUGUUACAGUAGCUUUCAUUUUCUGUAUGUUCCUGUACCGUCACUACUGGCCAGCUGUCUUGAACCCGUUCAGAACCUCUGAAUAGAGGAUUCACAGCUAACCUACCUGGUGUUUUGCUUAUGGUGCCAUUCCAUACUUGGAGCCAUUGUGAUUUCCCGAUUAUGAACAGACUUAUUCUCUGCGCUUUACUGGCACUACUUACAUGUGAUCAUGAAAUCAGUAGCAACUAAAGCCGGACAGUAAAGUAAAUGGUUUAAUGUAGUUGUUGUUGUAGGUGGCAAACUUCAUGGCCCAAGUUUUAUGCUGUUAUUGAAAUAAAAAAUAAUAUCAAAUUCCAAUAGACUCCCUUAGGCAAAAGUAGAGUUUUCCAUUGCCACCGUGAUCUGGUGAUUAGCAGAGCAUUUGGCAGGCCUUCCUCCAGUUAUCUAGUGCUCAUCAGAACCAAGACUUGCACUGACUGUUCCCUGUCAGAAAGUAUAGGAUUAAUAAUGCCCAAGACAUUUUUCAGUAUUUUAAUAAAAUUCAGUAAAAACAGUUACAAAAGAAAAUAUAGUUCGUAAAAACAAGAACAUCACCAAAACCUAAAUGCAAGACUUCAGAACUCUGCUUUCUGUAUUCACCUUUUCUUUAAGUCUAUGCACAUGCUUUAAAGCAGAAGUGGUUCAGCAUCUUCCCCUCACUGUGUGAAAUUGUCUCUUAUGAGUUACUCUUUCCAUUUCAUAAGGACAUCACUUAAAGGUGCCCUUCAUUCCUUCUAAAUUGCUCUGAAAAGAUUUUGAGAUUCUUUUUCUUUGUAACACUCUAAUAGUAUUAUUUAACCACUUAGAUUCAUAGAUAUGCUUUUGAGACCUGGUUUCACCAAAAAGUAGAUAAAAAUAUAGAGAAAAAUCACUGACCAUUGCUGAAUUUCAAAACACGUGAGAACUCUUCUCUAAUGAUCAUUUUUAUAAGCAGCUACCAAAUGCAUGAGAAGGGAAUGGAGGAAAUGGGAAGAGAUGGGGGAGCAGUACAACGUCUCCUACUGAAUCAGUCACAUUGAUUCAUUCAUUUCCUUUGUCGCUCCCAAGAUCACUUCCUAUACCUCCAGGAAGAAAGGCAGAUCUUGUCUACCAAGAAACUUCAGUUAAAAACCAUGAGCUGUGAUUCUUAGUCCAGUUGUCUUUCAACUAGAUUGGAAAAUGAGUCAAGAAGAUGAGUGACACUUCACUGGACUGGAAUGUCCGGAACACUCUAGACUUCAGAGUUUUAUGCCAUUCUUUACUUUUCAAAAGACCUACUAUGUUGAAUCUUGGGGCCAUGUUUAGAUAGUUAAACUGCGUCUUUCUGAUAUAUUCUUGAUAUACAAGCAAUACUUGAACCCAGUUGUACUCAAUCCCACUUACAACAGGAGCUCCCAAACUCUGGGGUAUCAUAAAUUCUGUCUGUGAGCACCUUGGGAGUAUAAACAGAGAAAGAUGGUUAUUUUGUAUGCCAUCUUCAUUACCAACAUAAAAUUCAACUCCACAAGUCUAGGCUAUAUUUUAAAUUCAUUGUUUUUCCAUUGCUUUCGACCUUGAAACAAUUCUAAAAGCAUUCUAGAAAAAAGAUAAGGUAUUCUUUUAUUUACUUAUUUAUUUUUAUUAAGUCAAUGUGAGAUACACAGUUACAAUGUUGGUCAUGACUGAGUUUCAAUCCUAAAAUGUUCCAACACCCCUCCCCAGAUAAUGGUAUUCUGAAGGCUUCACUUGCGUGCCAUCAUUUUGAGGUCUACCAUUUGGGAAAUUACCACACAUAAGUUCAGCCUCUAAAAUAAUUCCAAAUCCAUUCCCUCUCCAUGCUUUGUUGAAGUUUCCCUGUCAUCUCAGUAUUUCUAGAACUGGUUGAAUUAAACUGUUUUGAACUUAGUAGAUAUAUAUAUAAAUAUAUAUUUUUGAAGAGGUUCGCAGAUUAACUCUGGUAUCAGGUUUAUGAAAAGGAAGUUUUUUAAAAGCAAAACAUAUAACCUCAGGUACAAAUAUAUCGCAUGCAUUAGUACUUGCAAAUCUGCCUAUUCAAAUAUUAACCAAAGCAUGCAAGUUAACUUUACUGAAUGUAAAUUUAUCCAGUGCAUGAUUAAGUGUCAUAGGUUAGCAUAUUUUCCCUUGCUCCUGGACAAGGAAGCAUUUUCAUGAACUUUGUGUUACAGUUUUUUUAUUUGCUUUUAAUAUCCCAUCCUUGAGAUUGUUUUUAUGUGAUGGUACUGAACCUUACAGAUAUUCACACAUCUGGUUUCUGCAGUGUUGCAACGUCAAACGAAUCCUCUGAGGAAUCCAGGUAGUUAAGCCCUCCAAAUGAUUUUUUUAACCAAUCAAGGUACAAUAGAUCCAAAAUUGAAACACAAAAUCCAUAUAUCUUAAAAAAUUGUCUUGAUGUGUUAAAAUCUAAACAAAGUACCUGAGCAGUUUGGAGUUCUAAAUUCUUCAGUGUGCAUUUGAAAAUUCUCAUAAAAUCAUAGGAUUAUGUGCAAACUAGAUACAGCCAUCCUAAAAAUGGUGGGUAAGUUCAGAUAACAUCAGGCACCUGAGAACCAUGAUAAAUAAUGCAAAGUUGACAUGGAGCCCUAAUUUCCACAAAUGUUGAGUAGCCAGUGUGGGAGCCAGCACCCAUGGCAUGGCUUUAUUCAAUUAAUAGGUGAGUUACUUGGCCCCAUGCCCCUUGGGCAUCUAAAAACACCAACAUUCAGGAGUGCAGAGGAGACGUCACAAUCACUCUAAAUGGCUCUGACGUCCUCUCCUGGCCUAUUGGUCUAACCCCCUUCUUAACUUUAUGGAAAAACAAGGCCAAGGAGUUUAGAAAUGGAGGGAAUAAGGCUCAGUAAGAACCCCAAAAAGUAGGGGGAGCUGUCUUACAUUCGUAAGACCUUCCUUCCCACUUGACACACCUUUCCACCCCCACCCACAAACACAGGCAUUUAAAGACAGAAUACCGGCCAAGAUGAGGCUCACUGGCAAAUAUGCUUGCCUGGCAAAUGCAAGGUCAUGAGUUCAAACUCUAGUGCCGUUGUCAACACUGGUAGGGUUCUCAUAAGCACACUAUUAGGGUUCCCUGGUGAAAGGGGUCCCAGAAGGUAGCUCUGCAACUUACAAAUUGUCCAAGGUAAAGGUGACGUUCUGAGCUAAAGCCCAGAUCCACCUCUGUGCUGAGGUGAUUUUGAAUUUGCUACAGUCUGUGGUCAUCAGAGAGAAAAAGUCAAAUAUAGCAUUUCCCAAAUAUAUUCAAUAGUUAAAAGGAUACAGACAGAGAGAGAGAGAAAGAGAGGAAAGGGGGGGGGGAAGUUCAGAAAACUUAACGUUUGAGUUUUAACAAACUCUCAUGUGGCGAUUUGCCUCAAAGAAAGUUCCCACUACCUGCAACCUCUGCAGAAAUACCAAAACAACAGUCUAGAAACAAGUGCCCCAGCCUCAGCUCUGGUUUCUCAGGAUCUUCUUCACUAGAGAAAUUAACUUACAGUGUUUGCAGAGGACAGCAAAAUACUGGCAGACCCUGUGGAACACUUUCAGAAAACUGCAAGCAAAAUGAUAUUGAAAAACCAUAAGGCAGUUCUGUUCUCAAUAGGAAAAUGUGUGUCAGAUUUUCUUCUUUCCUUUAAAUUUCUUGGAAAAUGACAUGGUACGAACUACACAGAGAAUGAAUAUGAGAGAGACACGAUCAGUGAGGUAGUUGGCAUUUUUCACUGGCAUCUAUGAAAUGCUUGCAUAGGUACACAGGAUUGUGCCAUGAAAGAAAUGUGUUCAUCAUUUAAUUUGUCACCUGUAGUUAGGGGAAAUAGAAGAAACCUAAAUUUUUACCAACUUCCUUUCAAUUUCCACUCACUUAGCAUCUAACCCAAAUCCUCUUCAACUUCCAUUGCCCAAAUUUGUUUAUAUUGGUUGGGAAAGAAAAGAUUAAUUUAGUAAACUUUUUACAAACUAUAACAAGCAUUUAUUAACUAUUUAGAAGAGACAUUUCUAUAUAUUUUAUAUAUCUACAAAUAUUGCAUAUCUAGCCUACUCAAAAACUACUCUUUUGAGACAAAUUCUUCUGUGAUGCUUCCUGAUCAUGCUCAAUACUAUUUCAAAUCUUGGGAUUUCAUUUUCAAGCUGACAUAGGUAACAGAAAAAAAACUUAACUUGAAAUGUUUACACUGAGUUUCUGAAUUAAAAUGAACCCAAAUUAAGUGAACUAUAGUAAAUUAAUGGCAGGGGGGUGGGGAGAAGUUAUUGGCAUACUAACAUGAUACUAUAUCUGUGUAUUUAGUGAAAUAUUAUGUAUCAUAGCACAACUCUGUUGGGUAGUAAGGCUUCAUCUUAGAAUUUCCCUGCAUUUCUCUUUAAAAUAAAUUAUUACCAUAAAAAAUAACCUCUUAUCAUAUGGAUGUGUUUAAUUUACUGUUGGCUUAUCAUUUGCAAAGUACCAAGAUUAAGGUAGUAUUUUUGUACUAUUAUUGGAAGCAUGCCUUCCCUUUUUCACAUUAUUAAAUUGUAUUUAUAUUUGUGUAAUUUUAAACUAUGUUUUCAAAUAAACUUUGUCUGUGGCUUCAAGGUCUUUUGGGGAAUCUUUCAAAAUGGUAUUUGCUGAACAGAAAUGCUUUCAAUCUAACAGAAUCCAAUUUAUACUACUGACGAAAGGGUCCUUUUAUUGAAUAUCACUACAUAUGAUUAUGCAUGAGUUAUCUGGAUAUCAGGAAUGCAUUUUUAGAUAUAAAAAACAAAACUUUAACACCUUCCUUUGUUAAUUUUUAAGACUAAAAUAUUUAACCUGAAAUUGAAUUUUGUGAUUUUUUUAGAAUAAAAUUAUUAAAAUUCA